CUUGGUAAUGCAGCACCGGGCGAAAGUAUAAAGACACCUGGUCGUCACGCGUCGACCCCUGUAACACUACCGUCGCCAGUUCUUGCAAAUGAAACAGGCGACAAGCUGGAGAAGGAAGCGACUCGAGGAUCAGAAAAUAAGUCUGCUGCGACCGAAGUCCUGCCGGUGAACGAGGAGCCAAAAGAUGAGAGCAGUCGCAAAGACGCCGAGCAGGAUACUGAAGGAGUUGUCGAAGAACACAGCAAAAAAGUCGAAAAAUUUGAGGUCGUUCAGCAGAUUGCAAGUGAAACCUUCCCAAAAGCACAGCAAGGAGAAAAUGCUGACGGUCAGGUUUGUGCAGAAAGUAUCACUGAGCAGCCGAAAGAUGCAAUCCCCUCUUUCUCGUCGGAUGCCGGGGAGAUAGAGCAGGACGCAAAUCCGGAGCCGCCGACUGAUGAGAUUGAGUGUCCUGUUUCGUCUUUACCUUCGCCGCCUGUACCAGAGACAUUGGCGGAAAAGCAUGAUCAUGCUGCUGUCGGUGCAUCGGAGCAGAGGGAACGAUCGGAGGAAGUCGAAGGCAAGUGUAAGGAUCAACAAUUUUCAGAAAGAGCAGAGGUGCCUCCUACUGUAGCGCGUUCAUCUGACGAUAAUCCUACUGCUGUUAAUUCUGCUGCUGUUGUGUCCGGAAUCCUGGGUGCCGUUACCGUCUCAGACACGAAGAUCUUGCCUGCAGUUCCUGGCGUGUUUGAGACAACGCAGAUCCCUCUGGUCGCGGAUGACGAGAAUCCAGUAAUUCAA